AUGGGGAAGGAUUAUUACAAGGUUUUGGGGUUACAGAAGGGUGCCUCAGAGGAUGAGAUCAAAAAGGCAUAUCGCAAAAUGGCUCUUAAAUAUCAUCCCGAUAAGAAUAAAUCGCCCCAGGCAGAAGAAAAAUUUAAAGAGGUCGCGGAAGCUUAUGACAAACGUGAAAUUUACGACAAGCUAGGUGAAGAAGGCUUAAAAGGUGGCGCUGGUUCGAGUGAGGGUGGUGGGUUCAGUUACCGCUUCCAUGGCGACCCAAGAGAAACUUUUCGAAUGUUUUUCGGGACUGACAGCCCGUUUAAUAGCUUCUUCAGUAUGGGAGGUGGACAAAGCGUGUUUGUAUCGUCUAGUGGGGGUGGCGCCGGUGAGAGCAUGGAGUUUGACUUUCCUAGCUCCACCCCUUUUGAGGGCUUCUCAAUACAUAGUGGGAGGCAAGACCCACCUGUACAUCACACUCUUCUGGUAUCCUUAGAGGAUAUAUUGUAUGGAACGGUUAAAAAGAUGAAAAUCACAAGAAGACGGCUAAAUCCUGACAAAAGGAGUACUACAAUGGAAGAAAAGACUCUAGAAAUUGAGGUUAAGAAGGGCUGGAAAGCAGGAACCCGUAUCACCUUUCCUCGCGAGGGUGACGAGACACCUGGAGGAAAUACUCCCGCAGACAUUGUUUUUACAAUAAAAGAUCGGCAACAUAAAUAUUUCAAACGUGAUGGGGCGGAUCUCAGAUAUAAGGCAAAAGCCAGUCUUCGUGAUGCACUUUGCUGGGGCACCGUUCAGAUACCCACAGUUGAAGGUCCUCGUGUGACUCUUUCUCUUCAUGAAAUUGUUCGACCCGGAACCACUCACCGCAUACAGGGAAAAGGCUUACCAUACUCCAAAGAACCUACACGCAGAGGCGACAUAAUUGUCGAAUUCGAAAUCGUCUUCCCGGAUGCAUUAUCAGAUUCUACACGAGAAACUCUCGCUAGAAUACUGCCAAGCACUCACAUACCUCCUCCUUGA